AGUUGUUCCGCUUGGCAUAAAUGUUGUCUGUGUCAGUCAACUUUCGUUUUAUUGGAAAGAGCAUGGCCUAAAGACGAUAAUACAGGACAGAUUUGUAUUCAAGAUAUACACGGAAAUAAAAAUCCAAAAGGCACAGACUACGCAUGGUGACAUUUUAGACAUAUCAGUGUUGUUAAAGAAAUCUAAGGAGAAUGCAUACUCACUGGCGGGAUUGCAAGGCAUGGAAGGACUAUGGGACCCCAGUUAAUACCACCAGCAACGAAGCCGCCAAGAUGUUUGAUGCCUCUCUUACCCAGUAUGUGGGCUGGUACGAUGACAUGAGUGUGGGAGGGAUCGAGAAAUCACUGGAAAAUACGCUCAAGGCGGAUCCAGACUUUGUGAUGGGUCACGUGAUCAAAAACGGCCUUGACCUCCUGGGGACGGGAACCAAUGUGAGGCUUAACGCGGACCUCGCUACCGAUAUCGCCACAAUGGUGAAGAUGGGAACCAGUCAGCAGGGGCUUUCCAAUCGGGAGAAAAAGCACGUGAACGCCGUAAAACUUUGGUCCGAAGGGAAUAUGGCCCUGGCGUGUGACGAGUGGGAGAACAUUCUAAUGGACAACCCCUAUGACAUACUCGCCCUCAAGUUCGCCCAUGAUACCUACUUCUACCUUGGAUUCUCCCGUCCAAUGAGGGACUCGCUAGGCCGAGUGUUUCCCCAAUGGAAGGAAGACAAGCCUCUCUAUGGAUACCUACAUGGAAUGUAUUCAUUUGGUUUGGAAGAAACCAAUCUCUAUGAGCAAGCUGAAAAAAUCGCAAGUAAGGGACUGGAGCUUAACCCUCGGGACGCAUGGUCGACCCACAGCAUGGCGCACGUUUUGGAGAUGAUGGGCCGACAGGACGAAGGGAUGAAAUUCAUGUCCGGCACAGAGAAGGACUGGCAGACUUGUGGGAUGCUGUCAUGCCACAACUACUGGCACUGGGCUCUCAUCCUGAUAGAGAAAGGGGACUUCUCGGGAGCACUCGGCAUCUACGACAAUCACGUAUACAAAUCCGCCCAAACGUCUGGUGCUCCUCUGGACUUCGUGGACGCUUGCUCGCUGCUCAUGCGCCUCGAAAUGGAAGGCGCUCAGGUUGAAGGACGAUGGGAGGACUGUUACGAGGUGAUCCGCCCCCACAUGGACGAUCACGUGCUCACGUUUAACGACAACCACAUACUCCUGGCCUGUCUAGGAGCCAACAAUCAAGCAGCGGUGGAACAGAUGAUGACGUCAAUACAGGAUUGGGUAGCUAGCAGCACGGGCGACCAGUCGAACAUUACCAAGGAGAUCGGGCUUGUCAUCUGUAGGGCGUUUGUGGCGUACAGGGCCGGAGACUGCGCCCAGGCGGUAGAGCUCAUGUACCCGGUUAGAUACCUGAUAUGGAAGAUUGGCGGCAGUCAUGCGCAGCGGGAUCUGUACAGUCUGUUCUUGAUCAACGCGGCAUUGAAAUCAAACAAACCAGAACACCAUCGCCUUGCCAAGUUCCUGUUGAUGGAGCGGAAGUCGGUAAAACCUUGCUCGCCGAUGACGGACCGGCUGAUGCAGAGAGCGUUGGCUAUCCACGCUGACUGAGGUUGGCGCCAUUCGCCGUGGCAACAGGUUGCCCCUAGCGACGUAUCGGGCUUGUGUCUAUACAGUUACCAUGAUGGCUAUGAUUGAAUUGUUGUCAUGGUCAUACAUUUGUGACGUCUUAUCUAACAAAUAUUCAAAACUUCACACAACAAACUUCAUUUUACAAACUACGAACUACAAACAACGCGACCAGCGAUCUGCUCAUCAGGGACAAUGAAGAACUUAGUAGUAAUUUAAAGUAUAAACAUGUUACCAUUACACAUUAAAAUAUAUGUCAUGUG